AUGCAAACUCAUUUCGAAGGACGUAUUGCCGAAAUAUAUAAUCGAGCACUUCAGCGUGGUGAACUAAGCUUUAUAGAAAGUGAAGUUGCUCAUAUAGAAGAUAAAGGAAUCGAGUUUGAAAUUCGAAUUGCACCUAGUUUGGCCAAGAAACCUAUCGGUAAUUUAGGAGCAAAAGAUGAACUGCAGCAGAAACCUAAGGCUGAUCCUUUUUUACCAUAUAGUCAAGAAUUAUUUGUGCAAGAACACGGAAUAUAUAAUAUAUUGUUAAACAAGUUUUGUGUUGUUCCCCGUCAUAUAGUAAUUGCUACUAAGGACUUUGAAAAACAAACGGAUCCUUUAACUCCGGAGGAUCUAGAAAGUAUAUGGUAUUGUAUGAUGCAAAUUAAAAGUCAGCCAACAGUUGCAUUCUUUAAUUGCGGCGAAAUUUUUGACAUUCCUAAAUUGCCGUAUGUUCACCAUAUAGCGCUUCUCGAUCCACAACGAUUGAGUGGACAUCAUGGGCAUCAUGGAGAAGUGAGCCAAUAUCUGAACGAUGUAUUUCAUUCGUUGCUCGACUCUAUGAUCGAGGGUUUACAUAAACAAUCUUUCUCGAUAGGUCGCAAUCCUUUGUCUUACAAUUUAAUUAUGACUCAUACAUGGUUUAUGAUCGUACCUAGGAGUAGGGAAAAGUAUGAACAGAUAUCAGUGAACUCUUUAGGAUUUGCUGGAAUGCUGCUCACGCGAAGUGAAGAAGAAUUAGAACUUGUGAAGAAUGUGGGUGUACUUAAUGUUUUGGAAGGGGUGGCAAUUUCUAAACAGAAUGCUAUCAUGGAUGAAGUGUAA